CCAAUUAUAAUCACAAAACAAGAGAAAUUAGCAACAACAACAACAACAAAAGCACUGAUAAAAAACGAAAACAAAACAUUAAUAGCAAACAAACAAAAGAAAAAUGACAACAGUGAAAAAAAGACAAGAAGAUGACCGUGGACCCAAAGCAUGCUAGAAGACCGAGGCAACGAGAGGAGAUGAAAACUCUCGUCAGUAGCACAGGAGAAGCGGAAGAGGAAAGACGCUGCAGCCUGAUCGACCUCACGGAAGUUCAGUUGCGGGAUACACACAUGUCCCCCGUGUCCCUCCAGGAGCUGUGGUGCCAGUGCCAAGGCAACGCCAGCGCCACGCCCCACCUGCUGAUCAUCCAGCAGAAGAUGCUGCAGCUGCACGAGGAGGCCCAGAGUCACGUGGUGUGGUACGUGCUCGCCGUGCUGGCCCUGUACCUGCUCGGCCUCGCCCUCAUCAUCGGCACGUCCGCCCGCUCCGAGCGCCUCAACGCCCACGCCGCCCUCUGCUUCUGCCUGCGCCGCUUCCUCUCCGCCGUCAUCACGCCCGUCAGCAAGCAGGGCGAGCGUCAGCAGCAGGAGAACCCGAAGAGCGCGAAGGGCCUCAGUUCGCCGACCAAAGAACGGUCUUCCGUCAGCGUCAUUUCCAGGCCCUCGUUCGAUGCCCAUUUCAGGUGCAAUUCUUGGCCACCCGAGAGAGUGCCGAGGGGGACGAUGCCACUGUGGUGAUCCUUCUGUGGUGAAACCCUUAGGGUGAUGCCCCUGAUGUGAUGCCCCUGUGGUUUAGGCAUUAUUAGUGUCGCAUCAGUAGACUUGACGUUGCUGUACAAGUCUUAAUGUUUAAUCAUCUCUUAAUUACGUGUUAUUUAUACUCAAUGCCACGCUCAUAUCUCUUGUCGGGUGUCAAGACUAUAUUGCAAAAGGAGUCCAGUUGCAGCAGUAUAAAAGUUGAUUCUAUGAGACACUUAAUGAAUAAAUAUGAUACUGCUCCAA